UACAUUUCCCAUGAUCCUCUAGUGACGUGGGCGGAGGAAGCUAUGACGCCGAGGAGCUAGUUGGCUUUGAUUAAUUUGUGAUUUGAUCAAAUAAAUAAGCUCAUAUUACGCCGAAAACACACCACGGGGAGCCGGAAAGUUUGUAUCGCCAUGUCAGGCCCCGAAGGAAGGAUGAUGUUCCACCUGGAAAACAUCAUUUAAACUCUUGCCCAAACAAAACCACACCUGAUGAAAAUCAACUGCAACGUUACGGAAGCCGGCAUGGAAGACAAGGCAAAUGGUUCUGUCAACGCCAAAAGUGUUCACAGCCCAGUGGAGAACGGUCAGCUUCCAGACCCAGCCAACUGGGCGGUUGCUGACGUGGUCAAUUACUUUAAAGCGACAGGCUUCGAGGAGCAAGCCACGGCGUUCCAAGAUCAGGAAAUCGACGGCAAGUCGCUCCUCCUGAUGACGCGUAAUGACGUCCUGACGGGCCUGUCCAUAAAGUUGGGCCCGGCGCUGAAGAUCUACGAGUAUCACGUGAAGCCGCUCCAAACCCAGCACCUGAAGAGCAACGCCUGUUAGCAGCUGGCCGCGCCACACCUCAGUGACAAUCGACAACUCCGGAAGCAGCUGACAAAGACUCCUACGGCACCUUAAACACCACCACUUGGAAUACCUUUUAAAGGCCUGGACACCAAACACACUCAGCUGGUCACCCAGCAGGCACAAAACCUUAAAACAACGUUGAGAACUUGUUGAAUUAGGUUCUGACCUUGAGCAACUCAAACCUAACGUUGAAACAACAUGCUUUUAAUCAAUGUCAGGUUGUGACGUUUAUUUGACAUUGAAUUUUAGUCGUUUCCUAACCAACAAUGUGGAUCCAACAUACAACUUUUUUGCAACGUUGUUUUAAAGUCAGUUUUUACAGUACAAGUACGUAUAAUCAACGUUGUUUCAAUGUCUUGUACCUGCUGGGAACCCUUUUCAGAUGUUCUUACUUCUGCUGUUUGUUUUUAUUCUUCACCUUUUAUUUAAGACAAAAAACGUGUUGGGAAUCAGAAGUGUUGAGUGUUUGUGGUUUUAAAAGGGGUAUUCAGCCAUAAGAUGAUAUAUACUGUAGUUGAUAUAUGGUGGAAAACACCGUACCAGUUGGUUGUGAGGACACAAUGCACUAUAAAAUAGUAAGUCUCUUUGAAACUGAUCUUCUUGAAGAGGAAUUCCCAUGGAAAUGUAAAGAUGUGUAUAACUACGAUGUCUCUACCUGUGGUGCUUCAACAUACAACUAAUAGUGGGAAUGUUUGUCUUUAUUAUGACAGCUUUUUUGAGCACUGAAAUUUAUGUACCGUUUGAAUUUUGCCAAACAGAAUUUUUAUACAUCAAAUUAUGCUGACAAUUUCAUUGACUAAUAAUUUGUGAGCAAAAUGUGUGUGUGGAAAUUCAGUGAACUUCCGUGCAGAAAUAUUUGUUGCUUCCAAAGUCAAUCGACCCUGUCUCACAAUUAGCCAAUGAAGUGAGUUUUGAAGCAACAAACGGUUCUGCACGGAAUAUUUUAAUUUUUUUUACACUGAAUUGAUUUGCCAUGAAUCUUAAAACACGGUAUUUUA